AUGUCUGCGCUUGGUAUGCCUCCACAUUUGCUUGUCCUAUUUCAAGCUAGGCCUCCUUUACAGCACGUAGACCCUUUACCUAGUAAACCAAUAAGACAAAUUGAUGGUUUGUGUGGAUUUUUGGAUUCUUUUAAUUCCGAAACGCCUCCAAAAAAAGAACCAUUUGAAACACCCAGACAAAGAAGAGAUAAAAGAAAGAGAGAAAGACUUCUUAAAUAUAAAGAGGAACUUAAGAAAAAAGCUUCACAAUACGACCCCUCUUAUGAUCCAAGAUUGGCAAGAGGAGGUACCUCAAGUUGGUUGACCCAUGACCCCUAUAGGACACUGUUCGUAGCAAAUAUCGCAUAUGAUGUCACUGAAAAACAGUUAUCGAAAGAAUUUCAAACCUACGGUAAAAUUAGAAGAGUCCGUAUGAUUCAUGAUCGAAGUAACAAACCGAGAGGAUACGCCUUUAUAGAAUAUGAAUCAGAACGUGAUAUGGUGACUGCUUAUAAAAGGGCAGAUGGUAGAAAAAUAUCAGGAAGACGGGUAAUUGUCGAUGUUGAAAGAGCAAGGACAGUGGAAGGUUGGCUUCCUCGCAGAUUAGGAGGCGGUAAAGGUAAAUCUAGGGGCGCACCGCCCAAAUUUUAUGAUGGAAAGCCUCUUUUGCCAGAUAAGGAUAAAAAAGAUUCACAUAAAGAGUAA